UACAGUCAACUGAGAUUAGAGUUAACAAACAGAUACCCCGAGUACAAGAUCAACCAGUACAACAUCAUCAUGGACGUUCUUGGAGGCUGUUCAAAAGAGCCCCUAAGGCAUAGGUUGAAGAUCAACAUUGGCAAGGAAGUCUACUGAAAGCAAGAUGRCAGGAUGAUCAAUUAAGUCAUGAAGGUUGCUUUGCAUGGCUUAACAAGUGGGUAAGCGCUCCUACCCAUUGUGUUGCAGGCAUUAUGGAAUUGUACGAACAGCUAACCCCAACGAGUGUCUACACCGCCUACAAGACGGGAACAACAGACAAGAAUAAUGUCACAUGCAGAAUGUGCGGCGAGGGUUCCGAAUGUCUGGCUCAUGUACUGGCUGGAUGUCCGUCUCUUGCACAGUCCAAGUACCUGGAUAGACACAACGCUGCUUUGAAAGUGUUUUUCUUUGAGAUGGUAAGAGAUCUCAAACUGGCUGAUAGUACACCCCCAUGGUUUUCUGAUGUCAAACCCAAACCACUCUACAAAUCAACUGACGCUGAAGCAUACUGGGAUGUACCUGUAUAUGCUGACCACAUGUAUGUACGAUCUAAUCGUGUGGACGCACGUUUCAUCGACCACAAUAACAAGAAAUUACUCAUGGUGGAAAUGAGCUGUCCGUGGGUUAACAACCGAGAAAAGAAAGACAAAGAGAAGACGAAGAAGUAUGGAGCACUUAGGCUUGAGYUCACAAAACAACACCCAGGAUACACGAUCUUGCAAGUGAACCUCAUUUUGGACGCUCUUGGAGGAUGGUCUAAAGAGAUGGAGCCUGAGAUGAAGAAUCUUUGGAGCAAGAUACAAAGAUGUAUUACUUAGAAUGCAGAAAGCGGUAUUAAGCUGCACAGUGAACAUUGC